AUGACUUCUCCCACUUCCACUUCCUCCGACAUUCCCGCCGUCCAUCCUCCCGCUUCCAAUCCGGGUCAUGACAACCCCACCGCUGGAAUCCCCGAAUACGGAGGAGGACUGAGUUCGACGGCGUACAUCGAGAGUCCCGUGCAAAAUGGUUCUACCACGACGACGAGAACAGACGGCGAAACAGGCAUCGUGGCGAGCUUGAAGAACAUGCUGGGACUGGGAGGUGCUGCUGCCACCAGCAGUACGGACAACGAGCAGACAUCGCUCCCCUCCAACGAGCCAGUCCGCGCGGAAGACAAAGGUCCAGCGGAGGAUGCCACCACUGCGACUGCCGUGACUGCUACCGGAGCUGCCACUGCUAUUGCUACGGCUGUUGGGACGGGCACAUACCUCAACUAUCGGGACGGCGAGAAGGAUACUGCGGUUUCUCCCGCUGCGAGUAACACUACCACCCUUCCAGACCGUUCCGUGGGUCAAUCUCCAGCAACCACCAACUCCGCCUCGACACUGGACGACUCCGCCUCGACACUGGACAACUCCGCCUCGACAGUGGACAACUCCGCCUCGACACUGGACAACUCCGCCUCGACACUGGACAACUCCGCCUCAACACUGGACAACUCCGCCUCGACACUGGACAUCUCCGGCCCACCAGCCUCAGCAGCCUCAACACUGGACAACUCUGCCUCAACACCGGACAUCUCCGCCCCACCAGCCUCAGCAGCCUCUCACACCGACCCCAUAGCACCCACCGCAGACUCCCUCCCCGAUCACACCUCCAGCACAACCAACACAGCCACCACCACUUCCACCACCCAAAUCCCCUCUUCCCAAGAAGAAACCACCACUAACACCACAGGCCAAAAAGAGCACAAACCCCCCAUCGCCGCCUCCUCCGGUCACCCACCCCCAUCAUCCUCCAACCCCGCCCCCCACGAGGCCGAGCACUCGGAAAAGCACCACGCCGUCGGCGGCCGCACGGGGAAUGUCGAGAAUGUAGACUCGAUCCCCACCGCGGGAGGAGAGAGGUUGGGCGACAAGCAUUGGGGCGAGAGUAAGGUUGUGCCGGAUGAUCCGAAAGCGCAGGGUGCGGGGGUGCAGGAUAAGGGGGCGAGUGCUGAAGUCAAGGACAACACGGCGAAGAAUACGGGUGGCGCGACGAGUGGGCCGCAUGGACAUGGCUCCGCUGGAGAGGGGAAGGAGGGAGAGCAGAAGGAGAGUUUGAUGGAUAAGGUCAAGGAUAAGUUGCAUUCGGGGAAGAAGUAG